AGGAGUUUGCAGGAGCAAAUGGAUGAGGGAGCUGAUGGUUGCAUUAAUCUGAGUUUGUGAACUCCCUGACCGAUAUUUCCUGAUUGCAGAAAUCAUCCCUGCUCUUGCACAGCAUCUCAUUUCUCAUCCUGCUCCUGAGGACGGCCCCUGACAAAUGACAGCUCCUCUAUCACGCAGCAUCCCGGAUCAGGCAUUCCACGGCCGUGAUGCUGGCUCCUGGAUUCCUUUCUCUGCCCCCCUCCCCCAAUUUUUUUCAUUACAUAAAGCUGACAACUGCAGAUUUGUCCUCUGUUGAUUAUACAGUCGGUUAAAGAGGAGAGUUCAUGGCCAUCCCAGCUUGUUUCACUUUGCUGCUUUUCCUUUUUCCAGCCCAACUUUCAGCUGCAGUAAUCUGAUACGGUUUGGCAGAGGCCGAGAGAAUCUUUGGCACAUUGGAAAGCGGCUUAAUGUAAAGUCUGCUUGCUUUUUUUUUUCUUCUUCUUUACUUUUUCAGAGCUUUCUGAAAGCAGAGGUUCUGCACAGCUUUGGCAGUGACUGCAGGACUGCUCAGAAAUGCUCCAGAUGCAUCAGUGAGCAAAAGGAUUCCCAAUGCGUUCUGCGAAGGGACCGUCUGAGCAUCUGUCUCAUCUCCUCUAAAAAGCAUUAAGGAACGACAUGGAUCAAAUAGAACAAGUUUCUGCUGACAGAAAGAAGAGCUUCCUCUCAGAGGACAAUAAAAAGAGCAAUGGCUAUAGGACCGUUGUGGGAUUCCUGUGCAUAUUCCCCGUGGUGGCUUUGCUGGCUAUUGCAGGAGAUCCAGCUGGAGCUGCAGUUCAGGAAAGUCAGGAAGAAACCCCAUCUCCUGGUCUCCGUGCAGUGAGUGCCUCUGCUUUGCACAGCCCAGCCUUCCCACCUCGGCCCCCAGCACGGAGAAAGCGAUACACCAUCACACCUGGCCACUUGAAAUGGGAUCACUUCAACCUCACCUACAAAAUCCUGUCCUUCCCAAGAAACCUCAUAAACGCCAGGGACACACGCAGGGGACUGGCAGCUGCGUUCCGAAUGUGGAGCGAAGUUUCUCCAUUCAGCUUCAGAGAAGUGCCACGCCACCUACCCAGUGAUCUGAAAAUAGGCUUCUACUCAAUCAAUCACACAGACUGUCUGGAGUCUCUCAUUCACCACUGCUUUGACGGAACAACAGGGGAACUUGCCCAUGCCUUCUUCCCACCCAACGGGGAAAUCCAUUUUGAUGACCACGAAUAUUGGAUAUUAGGAAAUACUCGGUUCAGCUGGAAGAAAGGUGUUUGGCUUACAGACCUGGUACACGUAGCAGCUCAUGAAAUAGGACAUGCCUUAGGACUCAUGCACUCCCAAAACCCAAAUGCUCUCAUGCACAUCAAUGCCACUUUGACUGGGAAAAAGACCAUCUCUCAGGAUGAAGUCUGGGGAAUUCACAGACUUUACGGAUGCAAGGACAGAUUGUUUAUGUGCCCGCUGUGGGCCCAAAAAGGUUUCUGUGAGAAACGUGAGAAGCUGAUGAAGAAACACUGUCCAUUCACCUGUGACUUCUGCUACGAAUUCCCAUUUCCAACAGUUCCUCCUACUCUGCCACCUCCAAGGACAAAAACCAAGACCGUUUCUGAAGGCAGGAAUGUCACCUUCCGCUGUGGACAGAAGAUCAUCCAUAAAAAAGGCAAAGUUUACUGGUAUAAAGAUAAGGAGCUUCUGGAAUACUCAUAUCCAGGUUACUUAUCCUUAAAUGAGGAUCACAUGAGCAUCAUUGCAAAUGCAAUUAAUGAAGGAACUUACACUUGUAUAGUAAAGAAAAAAGAAAGAAUCUUGACCACUUAUUCCUGGAGGAUCAGACUGAGACAUUAACAAGGGCUCUGGCAUGAGAACUUCUCUAUUUCAAAUUCACAAUCUGUCUUAAGCAUUUUGUAUUUAAACUCCAGUAGUGCAAGUGAACUUCUAACUCAGCUGCUUCCAUACCUUGAGCAAGAGAGACUCUGGGACUUUGUUACUGGAAAAAAGAGCUUUUCCAAAUUACUUUUAAAGGUAAAGAAUUCAUCGAGCAUGUGCUGUACAGAGAAUUAAAAAAGGAAUUAAAAAAAAUCAAGUGUAAGAUUUUGCAGUUAACCUGGAUCAAUGGACUGCAGAAAAAGGAGAUCGUAACCCUUCAGCAAACAAAUGGAUCAACAGACUGAUGGCUCAGCUAUAAUGGAAUCAGAGGUAUUGUGGAAAGAGAAUGACCAGUAAAUGCGCUGUAAGUGGUUUUUUAAAUCUUUUUUAUAUCAUGACGUGUGGGUCUAUACGAAUGUUAAAAAAGUAAUUUCUUUUAGUGGGCAGAAGGGAGAUGUAGGGUCACAACAAACCCAAAUUACUCCAUUUCACACUUUGACAUACUCAGUUCAGCUGUGCACAGAGUAUCUCCCUUCCACUCCCAACCACUUUCCUGAGGUGACUAUUUAUUUGUGUAAUAUUAGCCCAGUAUACUAUCUACUUCCAUCUGCAGCUCCUCAAAACUCAUCCUUUUGGUGUCUGAUCAAUAAGCUUCUUGACCCCUUCACCAGAGGUAAGAUCAUUUCCAUCAUCACACUCAGUCACUACCAGGUGAGGCGGAUGCACAGCAUCCAAAAGAAAAAUAGCAUUUGUUUUCUAGGCAAAGCCCAGUGCACUCAAACAUCUAUCAGCUGGGAAUUCAUUUGUGCAGUUACAAACCCUGACAGUCAUUGUGUUUAAUGAGUACCUGAAAGAUCCUUAUCCAGUAUUAAGGCAGCCUACAUCAUUCUCUGCUUAGGUUCGUCCGUGUUUAGUUGUUGUCUUAAUCUCUUCAAACACUCUUCUUCCUACCUUAAGCAUCUCAUGUACUGCAGAAUAGGUCAGCAUUCUAGGAAAAGCUCUGUACCAGGACAGCAAAAGCACAAGAAAAAAGUAAGAAACUAAUAAUGGUACAAUUGCAAUGACAGUAAUUGUAACACCACAUGGAUCCCAACCUGAGUGAUUCUGUGAUUCUUUGAUUCUAUGAUCCAAGCAUAUCAGAGCAGCUCUGUCUUUGGGAUAUGGAGAAACAAAACAACAUUGAGCUGAUCGGCAUAGCCUUCAAUAGCUACCACAAGGGGAUGUCAACACUUGCGCUGCAAGGAUGCUUAAUCCUAGGGCAGAUCCAAAGUCCUUCAUUUCGUAACUUAACAAUGCAGUGCAUCCAGUUUUCCAUUGACACAAAUGGCACAGCCCAGCACUUCGCUGGGCACAUUUGUUCUGGCUGCAGUUUCAAGCCUAACUCAAUAAAAUCUUAAAGGAACUCAAGAAAAAAAAAGAGAAGCCAACCAAAAAAACAAGCUCUCCAUCUCCUGCCCAGAAUCACUGCAUGGCAGCUUCCAUGAGCUGAAAAUUAGAUUUGCUGGUAUGGAAAACAGCUGAUAGAUUUGGUGAUACCCUCAAGGUAAGCAACAAAACUCACUUUGGAAUACACUUUGAUUUUAUAACAAUAAAAAUUGCAGUAAGCCAACAACAAAAUAAAUACCUGACCUACAACAACGCUGUGAUUACACCACACACUUUAUGCACUGGAACCUCCGUAUUUUUCUAAAAGAUUUAUCUUUGCAGCUUUUCCACGGUUGAAAUCUGUUAUUUAAGAUGACACUGGGCUGGUGCCCAGUUCUGGCUGCAUGAACACCCCAGUAUUUUCCACAUCUUCCUGUCCCAGAAAAGGAUGAUAGCAUUAUAAAUUAGAGACUCAGAAGACACUUAUGAGGGAAGACUGGAAUUGGCAACAUACAACCAGUAAAAUGACAAGUUGUUAUUUUUAUGGAAAAAGGAUGUUUUUAAAAGAAGGUUCUCUAGAAAACAAAGCUUCAACAUUAAUUUUUUUUUUGUUUUAUAAAACAAUAUAGUACAUUUUUUUGCUCCAGCGCCAUUGUAAAUACAUUUAUACAACACAUCAAACCAGUAGUGCACUCAAAAACAUCAGUGAGUGUUGAGCCCAGCCCAGCUUAGCUUUCUCCAAGGUACACAACAGGAGAGAAACAGCUUAAACAUUAUGAUUUCCUGACCAAACAGCAACACUCAGACACAAAGAACCUCUUAAAAAGAAAGCUUCUUUUGCUGGCCUGGCAGUAACUAUAAUAAUUGUCAGCACGGACUUGAGGAGGAAAGAGGAAUUAAAAAAGAAGUAAAAAAAUCCUCACGUUUCCACUCUAGAAGACUUAAUGCCACCAACAUCCAUGUUUGCUGCAUGAGAGGAAAUGACAUCCUUCACGCUGUUAAACAAUUAGAAAUGUAUUUUAAUUCUACAAAUUUACAAGGUGAAAACAACAAGAACAACAGAAAAAAAAGGAAAAAAACAAAAAAGGGAUCGAGGAUUGUAUUUCAAGUUUUCCUCUGUCAAAUUUCAUAACAACCCUUGGCUUCUCCUGUUAAAUCCAGUCCACUAAUGGAAUGCAGCAUUCUCCACACCCAGCAAAAGUCUUUGAAUCUGGGACGACAUUUGACUUUACCCAUGUGAAAACCAUCUAGUUUCCCUGACGUGAAGAACAGAAUUGGGGCACUCAGAAAUCCACUCACGUGAAUAGCUCUCUUUUUUUUUCCCCCCUUCUCAAUGAGUUUAAAACUUGAGGCUGAAUCCAGGCCCAGCAGCAGAUGCUCCUUGAUUUGUGGUGGUCAGAUGAAAACCGGUGUCCUUCAGAUCAUCAUCACCCUGUAGGAAACAAACACAGUCCAUUUAUCAGUGUCUGUGCACACACAUUCACCUCUGCAACACAAAAAUCAAGGCUUCAAAUUAAUUAAAAUAAAUAGAAACAAAGAACAAAACAAAACCUGAAGGAGCUGUAGGAGGUGGUAAGUACAUACUUGAUUUAGUGGCAUCAUAGCUAAGUUCAAUGCAGACCGUUAUUCGUGCUCUUUCUGUUGGUAUUACAGUAAGCACAAUAGCUGUAUGGUGUCAUUUCAUCUAUACUGAGACACGGAAUUGUUAAUAAAGGGCUGGUCAUAAUUAAGGCAUUUGAGAUCGUACCAUGUCCCACUUAUAAGGAUCUGCUUUUUGGCCAGCUUUUUCUUCAAAACUAGCAGUCCAAUUCCCACACACUGAAAGAACAACAGCCUUGGAUUUUACAGAUUCUCUUCCAAACACUGGAAAAGGAGCAGGUUUUGUUUUGUUUUAGGACAGUGGAAGUAUGUGAUGCUCACCAACUGACUGUAGCCAAGGCCUCCCUCGGGUGGGCGGGGGCUGGUGCCACGUUUCACCCUUUGUUGUUCACUUUUGGCUGGCCAUGUAGGAAACAUGGAGGGGUCAAUAGGAAGGGGAGUCUCUCGGAAAUACUCGUGCUUCAAACCAUCUUCAGCAGUAAUUCUUCUGGCUGGGUAGUACGUCAAAAAGCUGAAAAGAAUUUAGGAAGACAAUGAAUUAGAGAGAAGAUGAAAGAAAAAUGUUAGCUUAAAAGAUAUAAAAUCUUCAGAAUUCAGUCAUUUUUUACAAUGAAGGUAACAACACACUUUCCCAAGGACUGCAGAAGUCAGCACUUACUUGUUCAUCAGAUCAAAGCCCUGAUCAGAGAGGAGCGCUCCAAAUCUCUUGCGUAGAUUGUUAUAGGGAUAUUCUGUGAAUGUCAUCUUCUUUACUGCUGGCAGCUCAUUGUAACCAGGCCAGAUUUUUUCACUUGGAGUUCCCAGAUCCUAUAGAUUAAAACGUCUCCUUAAUAAACUCAUUCUAGAGUGCA